AUGAAUCUCCUGAUGCUGACCUUCAUUAUAUGUGGGUUACUAACUCUAGUGACCAAAGCUGGCUGGGGAUACCAAAGAUGCUGGAAGAAUAAUGUAGGACACUGCAGACGACGAUGUUUACAUACUGAAAGGUACAAACUUCUUUGUAUGAACAAGCUAAAUUGCUGCACUCCCAUAAAAUUUGAUGAAUACACUCGAAGGCCACUACUUCCCCCACUCCCUACAGAUUUUACUGUCAAUUUUAAUACUUGGGAUGUUUUUCCUAAUUCCCCCAUAACUGGGAUCAGUGAUGAGGUAACAAUUAACAAAUCUGAAGAAAGCUUCGGCCACGACUCCCAAGAUGAAAAUUUCUACACAGGCUUCAGCCACAACUCCCAAGAUGAAAAUUUCUACACAGGCUUCGGCCACAACUCCCAAGAUGAAAAUUUCUACACAGGCUUCGGCCACAACUCCCAAGAUGAAAAUUUCUACACAGGCUUCGGCCACAACUCCCAAGAUGAAAAUUUCUACACAUGCUUCGACUUUGACUUCAACUUCGACACAUCCUCUUGA